AUGAGUCAACUUGGUGGUCCAGGUUCUCGACAAGCCAAUGCCAAGCCUAUUCCGUUCGUACCUGACCCGGCCCUUCUUCACAACAGCCAAUGCGAUAUUCCUCAACGUGGCAGUUUCCCACUUGAUCAUGAUGCUACUUAUCUCGAGUGCAUCAAGAAAGUACGAGGGGUGAACGACGCUGAAUGCCGCGACCUUGCUAAAUCCUACCUUGCAUGUCGGAUGGAUCGAAACCUCAUGGCCAAGGACGAGUUCAGAAAUCUGGGUUUCGACAAUGGACCGAAACCAGCAAACGACCCAAACGGUCUAGCUUUAAGCCAAGCUCAAGCCCAAGGAAGUACUGGCAAGGACAAGGACGCAAAGCCCGGCGAAUUACGAUGGUAA